AUGUACAACUACGCGGUGCAACUUGAUGAUGAGUUUUGUACUACUAUGUUUUCUGGAGCAUACCAUCCGGCGUUCCAGUCCGUCAAAGGGUAUCAUGUUCUGCUAUCCAUUAUAUCCAUGUUCUCUAUAUCUUAUUUUUUCGUUGCCUACAGUAACCUAUUAGCAUUUCAUUUUAAUAUCAAGAUUUUGUUCUUCUUUCAAUUUUUCGCAUGUUUCCUUCAAGCGGCAAUAUUGGGUAUAGCACAGACCCAUCAUCUUGUCCUCGCCCUGAUUUCCACCAACCCUUGCGAUGUCGUUCUUCCACCUUGGCUCUACACAUCUCUCAAUCUCCCAUUAAUAUUCUCAAUGCUCUGUAUGGAGUUCUCCCAAAUCCUUAUGGUCAUUGAACGGACUUUGGCCAGCUGCCUAGUUAUCUGCUACGAGAAAUCCACAAAAACUAUCGGGAUAGUUCUCACGGUUAUCGCGAUCAUAGUCCCACUCAUAACAUGUUUGUAUAUGUACUAUGAUGAUGAAUUCGAUUAUCCACAAAUGAGUGCAAUGGCUACAUCUCCUGAUAGUGAAGUUAAAGUCAAUUAUAUUUUUAUCACAAUCAAUGUUCUCAAUUUUCUAACCCUCAUGCAUUCAAUUGGACUUUAUCGCCAUAAUCAACGGGAAGUCAGAGUGUGA